AUGGUAAAUUUGGAAGUUCCUUUUUAUUCUGGAUUGAAUGAAAUGUAUAUUCCAUUGCGAGCGGCAAAAUAAUAUCAUUGUAGAGUCAUAUGUGGCACACGUGAUCUCAGAAAACACCUGUACACGUGUGUCUUCUGUACGCUGUACGAAGUAUAUUUUCGAUGGCAUGCUCAUUCCAUUCUAAGCCGCUAUGCAGUCACUGAUGAACAACAAAUUUUGUUCCGUGUAUCGAAGAAGCUUGUUGGAAGAUUAAAACGGAGUGCCAUAAGUUCUAAAAAUAGUAGUGCCGUAGAUGAUGAUUUAGAAAUUCACCUCGGCACAAUUACUUUUCACAUAGAAAAUGCUAUAAUUGCUAAUGGAUACGUCAAUUUAUUUGACAUUUCGAAAGCAAUAACA